AUGUUCCAGAUGGAUUACUCCUACCUCAACUCCUACGACUCGUGCGUGGCGGCCAUGGAGGCCUCCGCCUACGGCGACUUCAGCCCCUGCAGCCAGCCCGCCGGCUUCCAGUACAGCCCCCUGAGGCCCGGCUUCGGGGCCGGCCCCGCCUGCCCCUCCCUGGCCGCCCCCAACUGCGCCCUCGGGCCCCUCCGAGACCACCAGCCCUCCCCCUACUCCACAGUGCCCUACAAGUUCUUCUCGGACCCGUCGGGGCUGAACGAGAAGCGGAAGCAGCGGCGGAUCCGCACGACCUUCACCAGCGCGCAGCUCAAGGAGCUGGAGCGCGUCUUCGCCGAGACGCACUAUCCGGACAUCUACACCCGCGAGGAGCUGGCCCUCAAGAUUGACCUCACCGAGGCCCGGGUCCAGGUCUGGUUCCAAAACCGCCGAGCCAAGUUCCGGAAGCAGGAACGGGCGGCCAGUGCCAAGGGCAGCGGGGCGGGGGCCGGCGGCCCGGGGGGCAAGAAGGCCGAAUCGCGCUCGUCGUCGUCGGAGGACGAGUCCAAGGAGUCCACCUGCAGCCCCACGCCCGACAGCACCGCGUCCUCCCUGCCUCCGCCCAGCGGGCUGGCCAGUCCCAGUCCCAGCCUCAGCCUCAGCCCCAGUCCGGGGCUGCCCGCCCCCCACGGCCCCCAGCCCCUCAAAGGGGCACUGUGGGCCGGCGGGCCCGGGGCCGGCGGGCCGGGCGCGGGCAGCACGGCCGAGCUGCUCAAGGCCUGGCAGCCGGCCGAGCCCAUGGCGGGGCCCUUCUCCGGCGUCCUGUCCUCCUUUCACCGGAAACCCGCCCCGCUCAAAACGAACCUCUUCUAAUCCUCCCCCCGGACCCCUCCCCGCCGAACCCCCUCAGCAGCUGCGGCUGCCGGGGACCAGCCCCCGGGCUGGCCGGGGCGCGGGGGGCGGGAGGCCCAGGAGCCCGAGGCCGAGGCCUCCCCUCUCCCCACCCCCGAGGGGGUCCGCUCCACUCGACCAACCUUCCCUCCCGGGACUCGGGGGGCAGCCGGCCGCGCACAGAGGGUCGGUCCCGGGGCGGGGGGCACCCGCUCCCAGCCAGACGCGACUCCCGCCCCUGCCUGAACCCCGGCCCCGUCGGCCGCCGAUCUCUCCCGCACGUGGGCGGGGAGGGUGGCGGGGGACAGUCGAGGCUCCCCACCCUCCCCCCGACCCCUACCACCCUAGCGCCCAGCCCAGGGGCUCCCCAGAAUCCCCGAGGACAAUGCAGA